CUUAUAUUUGGUUAAGUUUACCCUUAAUUUAAAACCACUAAAAGCAUGAUUUGUCCAUGUUUGUCUAUUUUCAUGGCUACCUUUUCAUACUAAAAUGGUCCUUUUGUCCACCACAGGGAACAUGCUAUAAAAUUUAAAAUAAAAAUAUUUUUAAAAAAAAUAAAAAUUGUAAGAUGUUUUUUUAAUCCUAAAUAGAAAGGAAAUCACAACAAGAAAGAAAUUGGACUCUUUUUUUUCUUGGUUCUCAGGAGGAUGUGCUAGCCUACCUGAAAACUAUCACCAAAUAAUAAAUAAAUAAUUGACUAAAACAAACUUGAAUACAACAAAAUCAAAUCAAAUCAGGAAACCUGAGGUUAAAGUCCCCCAAUCAGCUGAUCUCUCAACCAGCUGACUUCCCGCUCAGCAGAUCCACUCGUCACACCCUACUAUACGCGACACGCCUGCAAUUGGUUGAUUUCUUUCAAGGCGCUUCAUUUAAUCUGCUGACCACAGGCCUGCGGGUCACUCUGUUGCACUGUUCCACGGACGCUGUUUGCUGCUUCAUUAUUAGUUUACAGGGUUUAAUAGCCUACAGCUGCAGAGAUUUAGGCUGCUAUACCAACUUGUAUUUUUCUGUCGAAGCGCUUGUCUAACCCCUUGCUGCUAUGUGCCUCGAAAAAAUCAACACGGUAAUUUCAGCAUGUUCGGUCCAGACCUAGGUUUCCGUUUACUUUGCUUAAUGCUUCUCUUGCUAACGUUAGCUUCCUCACAGCUGAGUUGACUUACAGCUCCACGGUCAUGAUGAUGACGAUGAUGAUGAUCAGAAUACAAGACGGUCUGAGUGGCUCCUGGAAGGAGGGCUCGAGCUACAGCAGCAGUGGCUACUGGAGUUGGAGUGCGCCGAGUGACCAGUCCAACCCGUCCACUCCGUCACCACCUCUGUCAGCCGACAGCCUCAAGCCCUUCCGCAUGCCGAGCCUCGGCGCCGUCGCCCCCGACGACACGCUGGACGACCACGACAGCAGCAGCCUCCUGUUUGACGAGCCAAUCCCGCGCAAGCGCAAGAACUCCAUGAAGGUGAUGUUCAAGUGCCUGUGGAAGAACUGUGGGAAAGUGCUGAGCACAGCAGCAGGCAUUCAGAGACAUAUUCGCACUAUCCACCUUGGCCGUAACUGUGAGUCAGAGUGCAGUGAUGGGGAGGAGGACUUCUACUACACGGAGAUAAAGCUCAACACCGACGCCGUGGCUGAGGGUUUGGGGGGGCUGUCCACUGUAGCCCCCCCCUCUGGCGGACCGACCCCCCCGGGAGGGGCGCUGCCCCCAGAGCCGCACCAUCGGAAGGGAGACACACACCCCCACACACACGCGACCAACGGGGUCAAAGGGGAAUCUGGAGCCUGCAUCGCUGGCGGCAACAGCACACCUCUGAGUCGCUCCGCCCCCAGCGCCCUGUACCUGGUGCAUGCUGACCACGCCUACCAGGCCACUGCACCCGUGAGCAUCCCCUCUUCCACCUCCAGCAGCUUCAGCUUCACCCCGACAACCAACUCCAGCAUCAGCAUCUCAUGGCAGUCCCCACCUGUCACUUUUACUGGCAGAUCAGUGUUGCAGGCCUCCCCCACACACACUCGCUCACAGGGAUUUGGAGAACAACAGCAGCGCUCACACACCAUCACUGCCCUGUCCUCACCACCCAGAGCCACCAGCUCACUCAGCAGAAAGUCGCGUGGUGAGGGCCGUAAGUGUCGUAAGGUGUACGGCAUGGAGAACCGGGACAUGUGGUGCACGGCGUGCCGCUGGAAGAAGGCCUGCCAGCGCUUCGUGGACUAACCUGCCUGUCGCUAUGGAGAUGCUGUUUGGUGGUGGGCUGCCCGCCGCUAUGGAGAUGGUGUUUGGUGGUGGGCUGCCCGUCGCUAUGGAGAUGGCGUUUGGUGUGGGGCUGGACGUGGAGCUGGAGGAGCUUCCUGGUGCAUGCAGUGUCCAACCCCCCCCUCCAAAUAACCCAACAGUGUCCAACCCCCCUUCCAAAUAACCCAACAGUGUCCAACCCCCCUUCCAAAUAACCCAACAGUGUCCAACCCCCUCCAAAUAACCAAACAGUGUCCAACCCCCCCUCCAAAUAACCCAAAACCUUUGCCCCGUCCUGAACGUUCAACGCUACCGGAUAUCUGAUGGCCAUACAGCCAUACAGCUACGGCCUGAAGACACACACACACACACACACACACACAGUGGGACAGCUCCAAACAUUCCCUCCCUUAACAGCCUUGGCUGCUCCCUUGUACAGGGGAGAGAGACUCCUGGCUCUACAGUGCAAAAAAGUUCUAAAGGUCUACGUUCUGUUGUCGUUCUUUACCGCAUCAUUGAAUUCUGGUUCUGAGGUCAGUACCUUUAUGGAUCAGUUUGUUUUGUUGGGGACCAGCUGAGACCAAUAGCUUGUUUUGUUGUUUAUUUGUAUGCUUAAGUUCCGUUUUCUCUGCGCGUGGAAGGUGACGCACUUGGAACUCUGGCUGGAGCUCCUGCUGUUCUCUUCUGUUCCGUCUCGGAGGCUCCCGACCAAUCACGAGCCAAAUCCCCGCCCACCAUGAGAAUGUACCGACUAUAAUGUCUCCUGGGCGCCAGGCAGACUGAUAUCGCAGCUUUAUGGUUCUAUGUGGCGCAUGAGACCUGGGUUCGUGUGUGUGUGCAUUUAUUCACAGAAUCAGUCAGCAUCAUCUACCUACCCUUCUACCCCAAGGCUCUGGAGCAUAGGGCCCCACCAUACACACGCGCACACACACACACACACACUCUCUGUCUUGUCCUCUAAAACAGUGUGUCCCCAGCUGUGUGCAGUAAAGGCUGUCCAGGAGCACAUUUGCAUAUCUCUCUCUCUCUCUGUCUCUCUCUCUCACACUCACACACUCACACUCUCUGUCCAGGAGUCCAUUUGCAUACAGUUCUACACUUCUGGUCAUCUGGAUAGCCUGCCGUUUAUAUCGGUCAAGAAAUGACACACUUGUGUGUAACAGUCACCCCUCAAACACGGACGCACAGAAACUCAUCACUUUGGAUUCAGAAGUUGCAAAUGUUGAAUACCUACCAUGCUAUAGAGCCCACAUCUCUCUCACUCUCCCCCCUCUCUCCCCCUCUCUCUCUCCCUCCCCCCCCUC